CGGAGGAACUUCACUACUGGGCUUCCUGUCUCUCUUUGCUGGAGCCCGACUCUGUAUAAGCAAACGAACCCUCUCCCCCACCGGGCUGCUGACGGUAGAGUCCCAAGCUUGCACCCAGACACACCUGUGUGAGAGAAGCAGAGGCGAAGGAAGCCUUGGGCCCAAGAGUGUCUGUCUCUGCAGGUGUGGGUUCUUGGUGCCUCUGACCCCUGCCCACUUCAGCAAAGUCAUCAUGCACCGGGGACUCUGUUUGCAGUACCUGCUGCUGCUGGUGCUGCCACUGGCUCUACUUCCAGCAGCCGCUUGGGGAAAGACUGUCAUGCUAGGCAAAGCUGGGGCCACCAGCAUUGAUCUGCCGUGUGAGAGUCCCCAGAAGAGACACGCAUUGUUCAAGUGGAAACACAGCAACCAGGUCAAGAUCCUGGAAAACCAGGCCUCCAACUUCUGGCUUAAAGGUAAGUCUCCUUUGAGUGAUCGCGUGGAGUCCAAGAAAAACUUGUGGGACCAAGGAUCCUUUCCGCUGGUCAUCAAGGACCUGAAGAUGGAAGACUCCGGGAUUUAUAUCUGCGAAGUAGAGAGCAAGAGAUUUGAAGUGGAGCUACUGGUAUUCAAACUGACCGCCCAACCAGACACCCGCCUGCUCCAGGGGCAGUCACUGACCCUGACCUUGGAGGGCCGCUUUGACGAGAGUUCCUCGGUGCAAUGGAAGGACCCGAGGAGUAAAGUUACAAAAGGCAGCCAGAUUUUUUCCGUGCCCCAGGUGGGGGUCCAAGACAGUGGCACCUGGACCUGCAUCUUCUCCCAAGACAAGAAGAUACUGGAGCUCGACAUAAAAAUCUUGGUGUUGGGUUUCCAAAAGACCUUGACCUCAGUCUACAAGGCCGAGGGUGAGCAGGUGGAGUUCUCCUUCCCACUCAACUUUGACAACGAAGACCUGAGCGGAGAGCUCAUGUGGCAGGCAGAGGGGGCCUCCUCCACCCAGUCCUGGGUUGCUUUCUCCUUGAAGGACAAGAAGGUGUCCGUGCAGCAGGUGCUCCCGGACCUCAAGUUGCAGAUGGGCAAGGAACUCCCGCUGCAUCUCACCCUGCCCAACAUCUCGCCUCACUCUGCUGGUUCUGGAACCUUGAGCUUAUCUCUUGCUAACGGAAAAUUGCAGCAGCAAGUGAACCUGGUGGUGAUGAGAAUGAUUCAUGUAAACAACAACUUGACCUGCAAGGUGUUGGGACCCACUGCUCCCAAGACAAAGCUGAGCUUGAGGCUGCAGGGCUUGGAAACAAUGGUCUCCACGCAGGAGAAGACGGUGCAGGUGCCAAACCCGAAGGUGGGGACAUGGCAGUGUGUACUGCUCAGCGGGGACCAGGUGCUGCUGGAGUCUAAGACCAACGUUGAGCCCAGGGGGCUGGAGCAGCAGCAGCCCAUGCUCCUGGCUGGCGUGCUGGGGGGCACCAUAGGCUUCGUGCUCUUCACUGGGCUCUGUAUCUACUGCUGUGUCAAGUGCCGCCACCGACGGCACCAGGCACAGCGGAUGUCUCAGAUCAAGAAGCUGCUCAGUGAGAAGAAGACCUGCCAGUGUCCCCACCGGCGGCUGCAGAAGAUGGACAGUCUCCUGUGAGGUGAGGCGCCUGCAGCCUCCCAGCUGUCUGCCCUGAAGUCCUGUGUCUCCUCCUCUGGGGGUCUGAGGACCAGAAGAAUGUAGCAGAUCCCAGCGCUGCCUCUG